AUGUUAGCGAUACUGAAAAUUGUGAUAGUGACAGAAAUGUUUCAGCGGAAAGUGGGCGGAUGGCAUGAUCUGACCAACGUCGACUACCACUGCUGGCCCUUAUCUGCCAACGGCGCCAACCCCACGCCAUUCACCAGUUGUCCAGGUGUGAACAUCCGUUGGGUAGUACCGCCCCCUGACGAAAUUCGAGCUCAGGAGCCGUUUAACGUGACGUAUGAACUGACCUUGGGUCCACAAUUCUUUCCUUGGGCUGUGUCAUUUAACAUUUUCAACGAAGCAGGAGGGACUGGCAUUAGCAACGCGACAGAAGCUGAGGACUGGUGUAAAAACACGAUCUGCCCACUGCCAAAAGACGCCACCCAGGAGAACUGCUGUAUCCAUCACGUGAACGUCCACUCGUGUCCUCUCGAUAAUACGGCCCUUGUCCAGAACGGACUCUGUGGGCCGUGGAUCCCGCCUCACGGGUCGAUAUUCACCCACUCGGAGGUCCACGUCGGCCCCGUGGAUCACGGCAACUGGACGAGCGGUGUUGGCGGUCUGUACGAACCCGGCGAUGUAUCGAUGAUCGCUCACUUCAAGUUGGCCAAGAUGCAUAUAGCUGUUGAAAAACAAAUAAAAGUUUUGCCAAGGACUGUGUGUGGGGACGGUAACUGCGAGGGCGGGGAGGGUGAGACGUGUCACAACUGCCCCGCUGACUGUGGAUCGUGCCCUCUCAAGGUCUGGCAGAUCAGUAUCAUCAUCGUUGGUUGUCUGGUAGCGCUGGGCGUACCCAUAGGCGCAUGCGGGCAGCGCUUGGUUGUAUCUUCCCCUCCGGCGGAUGGUGACGCAAACUGCGUUGAUAUCCACAUCAACUUGGACGCGGUGGACGGCAAAGUCCCCUUCAUCGGGAUUGGCUGGCAGUGGGUGGUACGCCUUGUGUUUGGGCUCGCUGAUGAGCUGGCGAACGUCCUCCAGAUUGGAUUUAAUCAGUUGAUGGAAACGCGGGUGGAGCUUGCUGGCCUUCAGUGUCCAUUGUUUUCCUGGUUGUUGCUCUGGCUUCGGCGGUUGAGUAGGGCGACAUGGCCUGUCUGGGGUGGCACUCGGGGGAGUGGUCGCCUUCCUCUUCACCACUGCCGUCUUCCGGGCCGGGACCUCUACGGGCGUCGGCGGUUUAAUUGGCGACACAUCCGGAGGUCCAGAAGAAAAGGCCGAUGGAUCGGGUCUGUUGUAGGGAGUGACACAGAUCGCUGUGUCAAACUCGUUCAGAUCCUCGUUCUCCAUCGAAGAGACUGCGUCGGUUGGAGCCGGAGCCACUUCCUUCUUCGUCUUCUUCUUCGGGGCGGUCCAGCAGACGGAGUCGCUGCCGGCGGUUUAGCCGCCGAUUCUGCAAGGCGAGGGAUAUUCGCUAGUUUUAUAAGUACACGAAGUACCAGUAAUGUUGGCUCUGGAACUGGUGAGAGUUUGAUGGGAGAGGCGCCUAGGAACCAAAUGUUCGCUGCCACAGCCUCUUAUGAUGGUCGUGUGGUGGUUGUACGAAGAGUCAGAAAAUUAUAUUUCCUUCUCACAAAGAAAAUCAGAGAGGAGGUAAAAACAGUCAGAGAGCUCGAUCACUCCAACCUGUGUAGGUUUAUUGGCGGGUGUAUUGAACUUCCCAACAUCUGCAUCAUCAGCGAGUACUGCCCCAAAGGAAGCAUCAACGACGUCUUGCUCAACGACGACGUCAAUCUCAACUGGUCCUUCAGAUUCUCGUUUGCCUCGGACAUUGCGCGAGGUCUGGGUUAUUUGCACCAACAUAAAAUAGUGCACGGUCGUGUUCGGUCCAACAACUGCGUGGUGGAUGAUAGGUGGACGGUGAAAAUUACAGAUUACGGUCUGGAGAGGUUUAGACUGGAGGAUUUGGACGAGGAGGAGCAGAAUCAGUACGACCAGAAGGAGAGACGUCUCCGGGUCUACAAGGGUCCGGAGUUCUGGGGGAUGGCGGAGUACUACCCCACCUUCCAGGGGGACGUGUACGCGUUCGGCGUCAUUCUCGUGGAGAUCGCCACGCGAAAUGACCCAUACGGCAAUGAAGAUCCGAAUAAUUUGCCGGAGAAAUGGCGACCGCCACUGCCGAGCCUGCUAGAUGAGAAGGAUCAGGAAACGUCGUGUCCUUGUCCACAACAAUAUUCAGGGUUAAUUGAGAGUUGCUGCCUGGAAUGGCCUCCAGAUCGUCCGACAUUUGAAAUGGUCAAGAAAACAUUGUACAAGAUAAAUCCUACUAAACUCAGCCCCGUGGAUCUCAUGAUGGACAUGAUGCAGAACUAUUCUAAAAACCUAGAGGUGCUAGUAGCCGAACGUACCCAGGACCUGAUGGCAGAGAAACAAAAGACUGACAGGUUGCUUUAUAACAUGUUGCCCAAGGUAGUCGCUGAUAACCUUCGCAUAGGAAAACCAGUGAACGCCGAAAAUUACGACUCUUGUAGCAUCUACUUCAGCGACAUCGUCUCGUUUACGACGUUAUCGAGCAACUGUGACCCCAUGGACGUCGUCAGCCUGCUUAACAAGCUGUACACGACGUUUGACAGCAUCAUCGAGGAGUACGACGUCUACAAAGUGGAGACUAUUGGAGAUGCAUAUAUGGUGGUUUCCGGAGUACCGAAGAUCAUCCCUUACCACGCCAAAGAAGUGGCGGACAUGGCGAUCGACAUCGUGCAGGCGUGCAGGGAGUUCGUCAUCCCCCACCGACCAGAAGAACCUCUUCAGAUCAGAGUCGGGAUCCACUCAGGCCCAGUCUGUGCAGGUGUGGUCGGUCAGAAGAUGCCCAGGUACUGUCUGUUCGGUGACACUGUGAACACAGCCUCGAGGAUGGAAUCCAACAGUGAACCAUACAAAAUACACGUCAGUGAUUCGGCCUAUCGGCAACUUGUAGCGUGCGGAGGACAUGUUUGUACGUUACGAGGAGUGAUUCCAAUAAAGGGAAAGGGUGACAUGAAGACGUGGUGGGUUACAGGCAGAACUGAAACGCGAUCUCGACAAACCAGCAACCUGUCUUCUGCCACGCAAGAAAAAACACAACAAAAUAGCGUUAUUCUGAAUAGGGAUGCAUAUUCAAGCACAAACGAACUGACAAGCGUGGACUGUUAAACUGCAUCACACAGAGAAGAUAUUAAGCGCACACAGACUGGAAGAAAUUUCUCACAGGAGAUGUGAAUAAAACAAGAGUGCUAUAUUUAAUAUUACACGACUGCUAAGCUUCCUGCUCAUGUUAUGUUACAUCAUACAUAUCAUGACGUCAUCAACGGCAACCUGCAGACUGGCUCGUUCUAAUGUCAGCAUCACGCACGUUAUCACAGACAGUUUGUAAUGUUAUGUAAAUUUAACAGAAAAAUGAACCUCUGUUAAAAAGAUUCGAACCACAGACCCUCUGUGUGAGAUUCCAGCAUUCUACCAACUUAGCUAAUAGGGAAAUUCCCCAAAAGCGAUUUGGUGAAAACUAGCGGGUGCUACAUAGCAUUAAAUUUAAGAUAUCUAGAUGUUGUACUUAUGCGUCGAAUUCUCAGCGCCAACCAUGGUCUUUAUAUGGGCUUGCUAGUGGUCUUUAUAACAGCAGCUGUCAUUAAACAUGAUGUCAUUCUAGCAAUAAAACGUAUCAUAAAUGCUGAUACACAUUAAAAAAAAGAACGACUUCAUGGAAUACUUGCAAAGCAUCAUGUUGCGUUGUACUGUGUACAAUAAUCAUUGUUUUACGUCUCAUUUGUAUAUUUCACCCGUUUACAUAAACCAUAUUCUAGGAAUCACCAUCACAACUGUCACUUAUACAUACAUCAACCAGGGGGGUGUGCAGUGUGUGUGUGUGGGGUGGGGUGGGGGGGGGGGGGGGGCGUGUCAAUGGCAACAUGCAUACUGAAUCUUAAUAAUGUCGGCAUCAUACAUAGUUUUACAUAUUAUCCGGCCACCCAACCCCCCCCCCCCCACCCUCGACCAUAUCGAAUAUUUUUCUUUUAAAAAAAAAAAUUUUCCUUGGGUGCAGAACUCGAUCCUCCCUAGAAACUUCAAUCACCACAGUCUAGACCCCCCCCCCCCCCCCCCCCCCGCAUGCCUGUCAACGUCGUAUGUCAAAUAAAACAGUAAUAGUUAUAUGGGGGAAAUAAUACUUAUUAAAUACUUGUAUUGCCCUGCUGUAACCAAGUUCAGAACAUAUGUAACAUAUAUCAUUGCUGACA